AUGCGUUCUCAAGAUGUUUCGCUAGUCAGCCCUUUUGGGGACUCUAUUUCACCAGAGCCCGACCUACUCGUGGCGGUCCUGAGUGUGGGCCGAAAAAGACACUUUCCACAGAUACCUGCGAAGCUAAGUGUAGAAGAAGACUCGCCUAAAGUUGAAGGCUACAAGAAGAUGGAGGCUGUCUUACUUCUUAAGAAACUUAAGGCCUGGAGUGAUAUCAAAAAGGUCUCUGCCUCUCAGCGAAUAAGAGCUGGCAAGGGCAAAAUGAGAAACUGUAGUCAUAUCCAGUGCAAGGGACCUUGCAUCAUCUAUAAUGAGGACAAUGGCAUCAUCAAAGCCUUCAGAAACAUUCCUGGAAUUACUCUGCAUAAUGUCAGCAAACUGAACAUUUUGAAACUUGCCCCUAGGGGGCAUGUGAGCCAUUUCUGCAUUUGGACUAAAAGUGCUUUCUGCAAGUUAGGUCAUCCAUAUGAUACUUGGCAUAAAGCUGCCUCUCUUUACAAUCUUCCCAGGCAUAAGAUGCUCAAUACAGACCUUAGCAGAAUCUUGAAAAGCCCAGAGAUCCAAAGAGCCCUCCAAGCACCACGCAAGAAGAUUCAUCGCAGAGUCCUAAAGAAGAAUCCACUGAAAAACCGGAGAAUUUUGAAGCUAAACCCACAUGCGAAGGCCAUGUACUGGAACACCAUUCUUUGCCAGGCCAACAAUCAUGAGCUACUGGUGGAUAAAGUAGCAGCAGCGCUAGAAUCCAAAUCAGAGAACAGCUACCACACAUUCUGA